AAUUAUAAAAACUUUAAUUUUGGAGAAAAAGAGUUUAAGGAAUCCAUCAAAUCAUGUCUUGGGGGCAAACCAUCUCACCUACCAAAGGUGGGGAAUGUCCAAGCCACUGGCCAGCACAGACCAGCAUGCAAAAAACCCAGUUCUCAAUUUUUCUAGCACAAUGUAGCUCUUCCCCAAUUUCCCUUCCCUAAAAUUUCAGAAUGAGAAAAGGUUUAUGGGGGUUUUCAGCUGUGAGGAUGGUGACAUCACAGCUGCAUGCUUGCAAAAUUCUUUGGUCUCAAUCAUCCCUUUCUCCCCCAUGAACCUGCAAUUGCAAGCAAACCCUUUGCCUCUCAUCUCUUCUCUGGUCCUCCAUUCUUGUCGCUGGAACCUCUCUCUCUCUGCUUUUGGGUCACUAAUUAACUUUACAAGCAAGUUUAAUAUUUCAGCUAUCUUGCUUCUCUCUCUCUGCCUUUUUUGAUUGCAGGAAGAGUUCCAAGCUAGUAUUACACCCAAUUGGAGCCUUUACAGACUGACAUCUGCCAUUUCCCUUUUAUUUUCUUCUCUAUUGCUCACAGAAUACUGCUUUGCGCUCGGUACUUUUCUCUACUUUACCAGAACCAUCUUUGAGCUUCUGAGGGUCGUCAUGGAGGGAGAGAACGGCGAUGUCAAGUCGAGGAUGGAAGACUAUGAAGUGAUAGAGCAGAUUGGGAGGGGAGCCUUUGGGGCCGCUUUCCUGGUUCUCCAUAAAACUGAGAAAAAGAAAUAUGUACUGAAAAAGAUUCGCUUGGCUAAGCAAACUGAGAAAUUCAAGCGCACAGCCCACCAAGAGAUGGAUUUGAUUGCAAAACUAAAUAAUCCAUAUGUUGUGGCGUACAAAGAUGCUUGGGUGGACAAGGGGUGCUGUGUAUGCAUCGUGACUGCCUACUGUGAAGGUGGAGACAUGGCUGACAUUUUAAAGAAGGCUAGAGGAACAUUAUUCCCAGAGGAGAGGCUUUGCAAGUGGUUGACUCAGUUGUUGCUGGCUGUGGACUACCUGCAUUCAAGCCGAGUUCUUCACAGGGAUCUUAAAUGUUCCAACAUAUUCCUCACAAAGGAAGGCGACAUUCGGCUAGGAGACUUUGGACUAGCAAAACUGCUUAGCACCGAUGACCUUGCUUCUUCGAUUGUUGGAACUCCCAACUACAUGUGCCCCGAGCUCCUUGCUGAUAUACCAUAUGGCUAUAAAUCUGAUAUAUGGUCACUUGGUUGCUGUAUGUUUGAAAUAGCUGCACACCAGCCAGCAUUUAGAGCUCCUGAUAUGGCUGGGCUUGUCAACAAGAUAAACAGAUCCACCAUUUCUCCGCUCCCAAUUGUGUAUUCUUCCACAUUAAAACAGAUCAUCAAAAGCAUGCUAAGGAAGAGCCCAGAACACAGGCCUACAGCUGCAGAGCUUUUGAGGCAUCCCCAUUUACAGCCAUACCUUCUUCAGAGCCGCAUAGCAUCUUCUGUUUUUCUUCCUGUUAAGUCUGCAAACAAUUCAAAAGAUAAUACGGGGAAAAAGCUAACACCCAGCAAGCCUAAUGGUGGCAGAAACAGCAGAGACAAGGAGUCCAGAGAAGAGAAAGAGACUGGGAGUGUUGAACAAUUGAUGAUAAAUAAUGCUCAGCCAGCAACGAAUUUACCAACUCAUGACAAGCCUACAUUCAUAGCUAUGGCAGAAGACAACCUUGAAACUAAAAGAGUUGACCCAACUAGCUACUUUGCUAAAGUAUCUAAUGCUAUUGAUGAUUCAGAAGGUAGAUCCUUCACAGGUGAAACAACUGUUUGCAAUGGACAUGAUAAGCCCAUCUGUUCAAUACCAAAGAAAAGUGGCGACUGUGAUAAUUUCACAGGGAGCACUUCAAAUUCUAAUCAUGAAAAACAAGAGGAACCCGCUUCUGGAUGUGUUCAACAAUUGCAAGAAAUUAAUGUCACAAAUACAGCCACAGAGGAACAAAAUGUUCUUGGGGAAGUUGAAGUGCAGGGUGAGGAUUCUGAAGUAAGGAACUCAUCAUCCAGUGUCGGCUGCAUGGGUAAAGGUGAGGUCCGGGAAGAUAAUGAUGUAUUAUUGGAUUUGCAAACUGCAAGAUGUGAACCUGCUGUAGAAGCCAGAUGUUCACCGAAAAAGGAAAUUCCCAAUGGAUUUGUGGAAAUUCCUAAUGGACGUUUGGAAGACAGGCAAAUGGACUGUACAUCAUCUGAAAGUAAUGAGAUAAUUCCACAGAAAUAUGAUGGGGGAAUAAAGGCAGAUAGUGUUAUUUGUGCCUUGCAAGCAGAGAAAGACGAUGCUCAUCCGGUAAAUCAGGCACCUAGUGACAUUUCACUGGUGAGUACAUUAACUACAGCCGCUGGUGAUGAGACCAAAAGUGAAUGUGAUAAUCCGAGUCAGCAUAGAGCUGAUGCUUUAGAGUCUUUGCUUGAGCUAUGCGCCCGGCUACUUCAACAGAACAAGCUAGAGGAGCUUGCUGGAGUGCUAAAACCAUUUGGGGAAGAAGCUGUCUCAUCCAGAGAAACAGCGAUUUGGUUGACGAAGAGCCUCAUGAAUGCACAAAAAUCGAUUGGAGGAAUCUGAUUUUUCAAUUAUUUGUGAUGGGCUGCAUUCAUUUCUUCACUUCCUUGCGAGAAAAUGUGUUUUCUGAUGAAUGUGUCGAUAUAUACAUUAUGUUGCGUCCGGGGUGUUAACCUUUGAAUUCUAAGCACUUGAAGACCAUUGUAAACUCUGCAGUUUCCAACUCAUUUAAAGCUGUAAUGAGCAAUAAAUUAUUGUUGCUUCUUGCAAUGCCUUUGAACCAUGUUUCAUAUUGUUGUUCUUGGAGGAUUUAAAUGCACUUUGAUGUAUAAAUACCAAAUAAUGUUUCAGAACAUAGAUUUCAACUCAUAGAUUUGGACUAUGGGAAUUUUUACAGAAUUCUAUAUAUUUCUGUAUUACAUUUUAUUCAAA